CAGGAAGUUCGGAUCUGCUCUGAGUCUUGUUUGUUACUCCGCAAAAUGCGCGUUCUUCACUCACUCUCCCUGGAGAAUUUGUAGGCGAGAUCAUCGGAUUCUAGCAGUAAAUCUGUUGGCAUGACGAGGAGGACGAGACGGUAUGGAGACGGCGGAGGAGGUGUUCACUUCUCUCAUUCCAACUCUCGCUCAUCCAUUCUUCUCAUUGUCUUGGGCACACUGCUUCUUGUUGCCUACUUGCAUGGUGGCUCAGGAUUUGGGGGCAUCAGAGAUAUUAGUAGGGUUGAAGGUGAUUUUUCAUGCACGUUAGAGGUUGAACGAGCAAUUCCUGUUUUGAAAGAAGCAUAUGGAGACAGCAUGCAUAAAGUUUUGCAUAUUGGUCCUGAUACUUGUUCAGUAGCUUCUAAAUUGUUAAAAGAAGAUGCAACUGAAGCUUGGGGUGUUGAACCAUAUGACAUAGAGGAUGCUGAUACUAAAUGCAAAGGACUAGUGCGCAAAGGCAUUGUGCGUGUAGCUGAUAUCAAGUUUCCUCUUUCAUACAGGCCAAAAUCAUUUCCUCUUGUAAUUGUGUCAGAUGCACUGGAUUACUUGACUCUAAAAUACCUUAACAAGACACUUCCAGAUUUGGUGAGGGUAUCAGCUGAAGGUCUUGUAGUAUUCACAGGUACUCCAGGUCGAAAGAUAGCUAAAGUUACAGAAGUGUCUAAAUUCGGGAGGGCGGCUAAAUUUAGGAGCUCAACUUGGUGGGUACGGUAUUUUGGGCAGACCAACUUAGAGGAAAACGGAGCUGCUGCUAAGAAGUUCGAGCAGGCUUCAACAAAGACGUCGUAUACCCCAAGUUGCCAAAUUUUUCACCUCAAGUCACUCCAUUGAUGACUUCUUUAAAUGGUUUCUUCAUUAACUAUUUAUUGAUCCAGUUCCCUGGUGCUGCUAAAUCCAAUGUUCAUUCACCCCUCUCUGUAAGUUUAUUUCAAUUUUGUCACAUAAUUGGACUUGGUUAUCCUUCAAGUUGCCCUUUUUUUUCUUUUUUUAAUUCGAACCACAUUAAUAUUUCAUUUGUUGAAGCAACGCAUGGCUAAUGCCUAAUACUAU